CCGACAGCAGUCACGAUGAUCAUCCCAGUCCGCUGCUUUUCGUGCGGAAAAGUGAUUGGGGACAAAUGGAAUGCCUACCUCGAACUGCUCGCUAAUGACAUGAGCGAAGGUGACGCACUCGACGAACUGCAACUAAGGAGGUACUGCUGUCGCCGAAUGGUGCUCACCCAUGUCGACUUGAUCGAAAAACUCCUUCACUAUAAUCCUAUGGAGCGCUCGAAGGACAAGAGUAAUUACUAAAAAUGAUGCACUCGAAGUGUAUUGCCUUGAUACAAGGAUACUUUGUGUUGUAUUCUCGUGUACGAUGCCUCGUACAUUGACGUGAGUUUCAGAGAGACCCGCUGGUGCCAG